AGAGUCUCGCUCUUGUCCCCCAGACUGGAGUGCAGUGGCAAGAUCUCGGCUCGCUGCAACCUCCGUCUCCCGGGUUCAACUGAUUCUCCUGCCUCAGCCUCCCAAGUAGCUGGGAUUACAGGCGCACUCCACCACGCCCAGCUAAUCAACCUCCGUUUCUCGAGUUCAAGCGAUUCUCCUGCCUCAGCCUCCCGAGUAGGUGGGAUUACAGGCAGGGAGUUUUAUAUUAAAAAAAAAAAUUGUUAUCUGUCUCACCAAUCGUAUUGCAACCAAGUCUGUUAGUUUCCUGAAGAGAAAUUCGGUGCUGCAGGUUCCAGAAGCAGCUCUUUAUGCCCGCACUGCUGCUGAUCAGACUAUUUUUUAAAAACGCUCCUAACAUACACCACGCUGCCUCAGAACAGGGUACAGGCCUGGGAUUUUUGAAAGAAAAGUGUUUCUUCAAUUACCAUUUCCCAGUUUGGGAUGAAGAGACGUAAAGAAGCCCUCUAAUAAGGAAAUUACGCCGGGCCUCACUGUUAAUAGUACAGUAUUUAUCAGCAACUACCGCGGUUAAGAGGAAGCCACGACCCCUAUGGUCUGUACCUCCUAAGAUGGCAGGAUUUAGCUUGCGACCUGCUCAAGAUGGCCACAGAAACACUUCCGGCAUCUUUCCGAACUAGGCCCGCCCCAAUUUGCGUAUUUUUAUCGUGCAGAGGGAGGGAUUUAGAGUUAUCCUUUGAUUGGUCAGCUUGACUGGUGACCUUUCCCCUCUGCGACAGUUUCCCGAGGUACCUAGUGUCUGAGCGGCACAGACGAGAUCUCGAUCGAAGGCGAGAUGGCGGACGUGCUAGAUCUUCACGAGGCUGGGGGCGAAGAUUUCGCCAUGGAUGAGGAUGGGGACGAGAGCAUUCACAAACUGAAAGAAAAAGCGAAGAAACGGAAGGGUCGCGGCUUUGGCUCCGAAGAGGGGUCCCGAGCGCGGAUGCGUGAGGAUUAUGACAGCGUGGAGCAGGAUGGCGAUGAACCCGGACCACAACGCUCUGUUGAAGGCUGGAUUCUCUUUGUAACUGGAGUCCAUGAGGAAGCCACUGAAGAAGACAUACACGACAAAUUCGCAGAAUAUGGGGAAAUUAAAAACAUUCACCUCAACCUCGACAGGCGAACGGGAUAUCUGAAGGGGUAUACUCUAGUUGAGUAUGAAACAUACAAGGAAGCCCAGGCUGCUAUGGAGGGACUCAAUGGCCAGGAUUUGAUGGGACAGCCCAUCAGCGUUGACUGGUGUUUUGUUCGGGGUCCACCAAAAGGCAAGAGGAGAGGUGGCCGAAGACGCAGCAGAAGUCCAGACCGGAGACGUCGCUGACAGGUCCUCUGUUGUCCAGGUGUUCUCUUCAAGAUUCCAUUUGACCAUGCAGCCUUGGACAGAUAGGACUGGGGCGCAGCUUGCUGUGUUUAUAUUUAAUCUCUUACCCUAUAUGCGUAGUAUUUGAGUUUCGAAUAAAUGUUCCAUUUUUGUUUUCUACAUUUAAUGUUACUUUCCUGUCCUAAAAUUGAAAGUUCUAAAGCAUAGCAAGGCUGUAUGGAUCAUUGUGAAGAUAAUUCUAGGGACUGAACUCUAUGUAUUUCUUUUUUUUCUUUUUUUUGAGAUAGAGUCUUGCUGUGUUCCCCAGGGUGGAGUGCAGCUGAUCAUAGCUCACUGCAGCUUCAAACUCUUGGACUCAAGCCAUCCUUUUGCCUCACCGUCCCUAGUAGUUGGGAUUACAGGCACACGCCACCAUGCCCGGUUAAAUUUUUAAUAUUUUUGUAGAGAUGGGGUCUUGCUGUGUUGCCUGGGCUGGUUAUGUGAGUUUCUAUAUUAGACAUAGUCUCAACUUUCAGGUAGGGUUUAAAGUAGAGACACUGGUCAGUAUUUCUUUUUUGGGGGGAACUAGGAGAGGAGGAGUAGAAGUGAGAUGUUAAGAUCUUCUGGUACUAAAGACUUACUAUUCUGUUCCUAUAUACUCUGUUAGGAUCAGAUAGAUGUUAUAGAAAUGUCUUUUGUUUCUCCUGCCUUUCUUGAUGUCACAGUUUUUUGUACUUCUAGCUGUCUAAGGGCAUGAAUCUCCUCUUGGAGCAUUCUCCCAGACCCUUCUUUAGAAACGUCUAUGCUAAGUUCUUGGUGCCCUCUUCGGCAGCCAAGGGUGAAGGCCCCAUAGAGGAGAGGAUCCAAAGGAGCAUUGAGGAGGCUAAAGAGGAAAAGGAUGUGGCUCAGGCUGGGAGGGACUUCAGUUAGCAUGGUGAGGGAGAACCAGUACCACAGACCCAGUAGGUAAUAAGGGGUCCAGCAGACGAUGAAGGUCAGCAAGAUAAGCAGGGCCAAUCUCAGGGCCCGGAGACAAACACAGGGACAAUUGUCAAAGGAGUGGGGGAGGGCAAAUUCACCAGCAGGGGCUAGGAAUUUAGAAAAUAUACUGUAAUUCAGACACUCAGCUUCUGAACUGAGUAUAGGGUGAAUUGAUGGAGGGGUAUAGCUAGUGAGACAGAGCUCGCCUCCUACAAGGAAGAGAAUGUUGCAAACCCUUUUCCCCUUCCCAACCUGGGACUAUAUGAUCUCUUACCCCCAGGGAUUAUGAUAGAAAUGUGAAGCCACCAAGUCCAGACUUGAUGGGGUUCAAGAAUAAAUAAUACUGAUUGCCUCCCUAGUCCUUGUCCAGCUAACUCACCUGUUUAUAAUUGAAGGGAUUCAACAAAAUUAUCUCUAGCAUCAGGUGCUAGACAUGGUUAGAAUCUCACCAUGGUUUAGUGACUGGUAGAUAGCUGUUAGGUAGGUGGAUAAAUAAAUGAUGCUAGAGGCAACAGGUCUAGGGUUAAGGAUUAAGGCCUGGGAAUUGGAGUCUCACCAUGGCUCCCCUUCCUUGUCUGGGGGCUGGACACACUGAGGACAAUGCGGCUAUAGCAGAUGGCCAUGGCAGUCAGUGGCAGCAGAAAGAGGCAGCAGAAGGUGAAGAGGUUAUAGGUGGUCUCUCGCCAUCGAGCCUUGAAGCUGCCUUUGGUGACAAACUGAGUGAAAGGGACUGGGCCAGCUCGGUGGACGGUAUGGAACAGGAACAGCUGGAGUGGAGUUGAGGACUAUUAGAACUGGUUCCCCUCACCACCCAACCUACCCACCUAUGUCAUACUAUCUCCUCCCAAUUCAUCCUUAAUUCCAAGUGAAGCAGCACAGUGCUGAGAAACAGUUCAUCCAUGGUGCCAUGUUAAAGAAGUUGGAAAUAUAUCUUGAAAAUCCUAUCUUCCUUUUAGGCUUGAAUAUGAUGGUGAACAGUAAGUUUGUUAAAUCUUGGAACUUAAAACAAUCCUGCCUUCUCAAGUACUAUUCUAACAUUGUGCUUUAUAAGGGAUGAUAUUUCUACCACCUCACUCAUAUUUUUAGCUGAAAUGAUUUUCCUGGUAUGUCUGUUAUUUUGUGGAAAAAGAAAUAUUGUGUAAAAUGGGUGCUGCCAAAAUUCCAGGCCAUUUUGCAGUGACUCUGAAGUGACCUUUAGUAGUAAUAGUCUUAUGUGCAGUAACUAUAAUGGUAAAGAAUGUUAAAUAAUAAAAUUUAACAUUUUCCAAAUGC